GUCAAUAAUUCCUUUCACUGUACAUGUCCGUCGCAUCUCUGCCUGUCCCGCUAAUACACAGACGCACAUGUGCACAUUCCGCAACCACCUCUGGAUCAUCUAUCGAAGUCCGUAGGUAACCAAAAGCCAUUCACUGUCAUCCCCCCAUCCACAGCAAUGUCUUGCCCGGUAAUGUACUCACUGGCAGGCAUGCACAGAAAUGCGACCAGCCCGCUCACCUCCUCAGGCGUGCCAACUCGCCGCAUUGGCGUCCUGUCCAGCACAGCUUUGCGAUAAACGUCAUCCUGCAGCACCUCGUUAGCCAUCGGCGUGCCGAUGUACCACGGCGCGGCACAGUUGACCCUGAUUCGGUGCUUCGCCCACUCACACGCCAGGUUGGCUGUGAACUGCGACAUGGCAGCCUUUGUGAUGGCAUAGGGAACGCCGCUGCGCAUUGCUGAUGUCCUGAUGCCCGACACAGAUCCCACAUUGACAACUGCGGCCCAGCUGCCGUCCUUGGACUGGCUGGCAGAGCGUUGCAGGAGGGGGAAGGCCAGCUGUGUGACGUCCCACAUUGUCCGGAAGUUGGUGUCGAAAACGGCGUCAAACUCGUCCCGCGAGAAGGAGAGGAACGGCUUCCGAAUGUUUCGUCCCACAUUGUUGACGAGGAUGCUGAGAGUGCCUGCAGCCAUGCAGACAGUGUCGAUAUGGACAUUUCUGCGUGUGGCCACUGCCUGCGUACCGUCGAAUUGUCGUGACACGUCCUUGAUGAGUCUUAUCUGGUCCUCCACGACAGUGAGAUCAGCUACGGACCCACUCACAUCAUACCUGCACAUACCCAGGGUGCACUUAUGUAGCAGAUCUGUAUGUUUCAUUCCUCAUACCCCUUUUGUUUCCACUCUUGCAGACAUGUCUUGAGCUCUGCUUCCGUCCUCGCACACGUGUGGACACUCGCACCCAGUGCAGCCAGCUCCUCAACCUGCAAGCAUGGCCAAACGCUCAUCGCACAGAAACAGACAUUCAUGCACUUUCUCUCUUUUGGCAGUGUAGUGUAGUGCAGUGCAGUGCAGUGCAGUGCAGUUCAGUGCAGUGAAUGGCUCACAAUGGCUUUGCCAAUGCCCUUCGUUCCCCCUGUCACGAGGGCACGACGCCCUUUCAGGUGCCACCGAGAUGAGCCAACCGCGCACGACGCAAGCAGCAACAAGAAGGCUCUGUAAGACACACGCAUCUAGAUACGCAUGACCUGCUCUGCCUUUUCG